AUGUUCUCUUUGGACGACGGCAAACAAAAAAAACUGCUAAACGAGCCAGAAGUCGUGCCGGAAGAGCUGCUCUACGCCUCGCAAAAGGAAGAGGACAAAAGUGAAGAGGGGCCGGAGAUUAUCAAGCUUCCGGAUCAGCCACAAGCCACGCCCUGCACUAUACCACUAGCCACGCCCCACGCCUCGAGAUUAUUGCCGGAUGUCAACCAGGACGACAGCUCGUGCCGCGCCAAGUCCGAUACCGGCGAAACGCGAGAGAUUAUCAAGCUUCCGGAUCAGCCACAAGCCACGCCUCGCACUAUACCACUAGCCACGCCUCACGCCUCGAGAUUAUUGCCGGAUGUCAACCAGGACGACAGCUCGUGCCGCGCCAAGUCCGAUACCGGCGAAACGCGAGAGAUUAUCAAGCUUCCGGAUCAGCCACAAGCCACGCCUCGCACUAUACCACUAGCCACGCCUCACGCCUCGAGAUUAUUGCCGGAUGUCAACCAGGACGACAGCUCGUGCCGCGCCAAGUCCGAUACCGGCGAAACGCGAGAGAUUAUCAAGCUUCCGCCUCACGCCUCGAGAUUGUUGUCACAGGUCACUCCGGUCGUCAGCCAAGAGGACAGAGGUGACGUGAACGGGAAGAUGGUGGAUAGAGAACUGAGCCGGCAGAUAAAAGCGGUUGACGAAAUGGUGAAACGUUUCGCAGAAGUAUCCCGCCUGGAGUUCCCGGGCGUGGACGAGAAGGAUGAAGCGUUGGCCUCGAGCGGAGGUUUGAAGCGGCAAAAGAUCGAACCAGUUGCCCAGGGUCCACAAAAUCCGCACCCUCCGAUAACCCUUACCCGAACACCACUCAAAGUUCCAAAUUUCGAGUUUCCCUUUCCUUAUCAGAUCUUCUCGGAAUUUGGAACCUGCAUUUAUUAUAAUAAGAAGAGGAAAACGGCAGAAUAUGCCACAUACGAGUUGAGUAUGGAAGGGGAGAGACUCUUCUUAUUAGAACGCAGAUAUUAUAAAGAUCCACGUAUUUUACCGGUGAGGAGGGUGCGGAUGUACAAUCUGAAUGAGAAGCGCUACGUACUGUUUCAUAUGAUUCCAGUUGGUCAUAUGAACGAUCUGAUGAAACAGUACGUAGCCAAUUGCCUAACUAAUCUCAUCCCGUUUAAUGGCAAAAUGAACACCGGACCCUGGGCAGCAAUGGAACGUGAAGAUUUGAAGGCUGCCAAACUUUAUCAAAAAACAAUCAUUCAUGUAGGAGAGUUGAGGGUGCCCCCUAAAAAGGGUGAAUUAGAAUGUUACAAGGUAUUAGAUAAUAAGAAAACUUUGCCGUGUUUGUCCGCCGUUGAAGCGUCCAACCUGGCUCGACUUGCGCGAGAGGUCGUCAAAGAGAACGGGUUUGGGGUCGUUGAGGUGGUUGAGAGUAAGGUGGAGGAUUUUCAGCUGCCGGAAGGUGGGAAGGUGGACAUUAUCGUUUCGGAGUGGAUGGGAUUCUUUCUGCUGCACGAGGGCAUGCUGGAUUCGGUGAUUUACGCGCGGGACAAGUUUUUGAAGCCGAGCGGGUUGAUGUUUCCGGAUACGGCCACGAUUUAUGUGGCUCCGUGCAGCGUGCCGGGCAGGUUCGACGAGUUUGAGAGCUUGUCGGGGGUGAGUUUGCGGUGCUUUGGGCGGGAGUUGCGCAAGCAAAAGUCGGACAAGCCGGAAAUAUUGAACGUGGAGGGGGAUCAGCUGCUUCACGAGGGUCACAUCAUGGCGUGGUUGGAUCUGAAGGAGGUCAGCACGGACGAUUUGAACGAGUUCGACAUGAAGGAGGUGCUGAUCAUCCAGAGGGCGGGCAAGUUCCAGGGCGUUUGCAUUUGGUUCGACUGCAGCUUUCCCAGCGGGAACGCGAGCGAACCGACGAAGGAGGUGAUCCUGAGCACGAAUCCCAACAGUCCGGCGACGCACUGGAAGCAGAGCGUGAUUUUGCUGCCGGAGGAUGCGUGCGAGACGGUGGACAAGCUGGACCCGAUUGCGUUCAGUUUGAGCUUGGCGCGGAAUGCGGAACACCGACGAAGAUACAACCUGCAGCUGACGCUGCUGGACGCGGAAAAGGAAGAGCACAGCUUACCUUGCGAGUGCGUAAUGACCAAGUGCAUCCUUAUGAAGGCCCACCUGCAGUCGAUGGAGGUUGAUCAAUAAAGAGCGAGUGUUUUAAGACGAA